GGGACCGGCGGCGGCUGCGCUGCGGCGGGAGCGGAGCCGGGAGCCGAGAGCGGGACCGGGGCUGGGGUUGGAACUGGAGCUGGAACUGGGAUCGGGGCUGGGACCAGAUCCGGGACCGGGAUCAGGAGGGGGACCGAGGCUGGAAUCGGGACCGGAUCCGGGACCAGGGCUCGAACCGGGACCGGGAUCGGAACGGAGACCGCGACCGGGGCUGAGGCUGGGGCUGGAACAGGGACGGGGGCUGCGCUGCGCUGCCCGCGGCUCCGCGGCACCGGCCGGGCAGCAUCGGCACCGGCAGCGUGAAGGACCUGGGCGAGCGGAGCGGCCGGUCCUGCCUCCCCAUCUCCUGCCUUCCUCUCCCCUGCCCACCCCCCUCCCCUCCCCUCCCCGCCAGCUGCGCCCUGAGCCCGGCGCGGCGAUGGGCUGAGGCUGCGGGGCACCGCGGGGCCCCGGCCGCAACAGGAUGAGGAGGGGCUCGGAGGGCAGCGGGGAGGGCGAGGGGCUCUCCAGCCUGCGGGCCUUCGCCCACAGCUCCUCGCUGCACGGCAUCAGCCACGUCUUCGCCUACGGGGCCGUGUCCCUGCGCCGCGUGCUCUGGGGCGGCUUUUUCCUGGGCUCGCUGGGGCUGCUGCUGCUCGUGUGCGCCGAGCGCGUCGCCUACUUCCUCACCUACCCCCACGUCACCAAGCUGGACGAGGUGGCCGCCCGCAACCUCACCUUCCCGGCCAUCACCAUCUGCAACCUCAACGAGUUCCGCUUCUCCAAAAUCACCCGCAACGACAUGUACCACGUGGGCGAGCUGCUGGCGCUGCUCAACGAGCGCUACGAGAUCAGCAACCCGCAGCUGGCCGAGCCCCACGUCCUGGCCGCGCUGCGCGACAAGGCCAACUUCAAGAACUUCAAGGCGAAGCCCUUCAGCAUGGCCGAGUUCUACAACCGCACGGGCCACGACCUGGCUGACAUGCUGCUGCAGUGCUCCUUCCGUGGCACCGGCUGCACUGCCCGCAACUUCACCGUGAUCUUCACACGCCUGGGCAAGUGCUACACGUUCAACCCCGGGGGUCCGGGGCGCGAGGUGCUGACCACGCUGCAGGGCGGCUCCGGCAACGGCCUCGAGCUGAUGCUCAAUGUGCAGCAGGAGGAGUACCUGCCCGUCUGGGGGGACACAGAUGAGACCUCGUUUGAGGUGGGGGUGAAGGUGCAGAUCCACAGCCAGGACGAGCCGCCCUUCAUUGACCAGCUGGGCUUCGGCGUCGCCCCUGGCUUCCAGACCUUCGUGUCUUGCCAGCAACAGCGGCUGGUGUACCUGCCCCCACCGUGGGGGGACUGCAAGGCCACCCCCAUCGAGUCCGACUUCUUCACCAACUACAGCCUGACGGCGUGCCGCCUGGACUGCGAGACGCGCUACCUGGCCGAGAACUGCAACUGCCGCAUGGUGCACAUGCCGGGCAAUGCCAACGUCUGCACCCCCGAGCAGUACAAGGAGUGCGCCGACCCCGCGCUGGACUUCCUGGUGACGAAGGACAGCGAGUACUGCGCGUGCCGCACGCCCUGCGCCAUGGUGCGCUACGGCAAAGAGCUCUCCAUGGUCAAGAUCCCCAGCAAGGCCUCGGCCAAGUACCUGGCCAAGAAGUUCAACAAGACGGAGCAGUACAUUGCGGACAAUGUGCUGGUCCUGGACAUCUUCUUCGAGGCACUGAACUACGAGAUGAUCGAGCAGAAGAAGGCGUACGAGGUGGCGGGGCUGCUGGGUGACAUCGGGGGGCAGAUGGGGCUCUUCAUCGGCGCCAGCCUCCUCACCAUCCUGGAGAUCUUUGAUUACCUGUACGAGGUGUUCCGGGACAAACUGCUCAGCCUGUACAAGGAGAAGAAGCGGAGCCCCCGGAGCGACGGCGGCACCCUGAGCGCCUGGCCCCCCCUGCCCGGCCCCACGCCCCGUCUCGGCGUCACCCCGAACCUGCUACCUCGUCACCCGGCUCUAGGGUCCCCUCCGGACCCCCCCGCGGAGCCCAGCCCGCCCCCCCGCCGGCCGGGGGGCUGGGGGGACACCCCCGGGCCGCGGGGCGGCCUCCAGGCCUCCCACACCCCCUGAGGGGGCGUCGGGGGGCUGGGGGUGAGGGGCUCCCCCGGCCCUGCUCCCCCGUCCCUGCAUGCGCUGCCUGUGCCCCCUGCGCUGGACAUGCACCCCCUCCCCACAGCCCCCCAAAUAAAGAGGUGCCCCAGG